CUGUUUAACACUCCAAUAUCUGUGAUACUUACAAGCAUAAUUAUUUAUGUAAUUUUGACUUUUCAUCAUGAAAUAUAAAACUUAAGAUGCUGCCAAAAAUUCAAGGAGAAAACUUCCUUCGACUCUAUCCACACACACCACCAACUUGGUGGCUAUAAAUAUGCAGCCCACAAAAUUUGAAUCUCAAUUAAUUUACUUUUGAUUCACUCUUCCACCGCACCACCACCCACAGGUGUCCCGGCUCAACUCAUGAACUCCACCGGUCAAUGGUCCACUGGACUCUGUGAUUGCACCUCGGAUUAUUCCAACUGUUGUUUGACGUGUUGGUGUCCAUGCAUAACGUUUGGACAAAUUGCGGAGAUUGUCGACAAGGGUACCACUUCCUGCGGUGUACACGGGACCCUUUAUUCAAUACUUUGUCUAUUUACAGGAUGUGAAUGCAUAUAUUCUUUUAUGUAUCGUUCUAAAUUAAGGCACCAGUACAUGUUGCCUGAUGAACCCUGCAACGAUUGCCUUGUCCAUUGUUGUUGUGAGUGUUGUGCUCUUUGCCAAGAGUAUCGUGAGCUGAAGCAUCGUGGGUUUGACCCAUCUCUUGGAUGGCAUGGAAAUUUGUCGAAGCAGAAUCAGGGAGUCGGGAUGCCGCCAGUUGGUCCCGGAGAAAUGAAACGGUAGUUCUUAAUACAUUUGAAACGUGAAGUGUUUACUCUAUUUAAAAAUAUCAUGAAUAUUUGUAAUUCAAUAUCGAUUAAUGUUUGUCGUAUACAAAUAAAUGAAAAAAUAAGAAGGCCCAUAACAUGUGGACCACAGGUCACAACUCACAACUUGUGCUUGAGUUCUUGAUUAAAGUUUGUGAGCCUUUUGUAAUAAUAUAAAUUAGGAUGUUGCCCAGUCGUUGUAAAAACAUAAAUUCGUUAUAUUUUGAUAUUGUGUUGAUAAAAGUUAGUACUUAAGUACAUCUGUAUCUGUUAGUAUCAUUGAUUAACUCCAAUAAAUACUGUCGAAUAAAAACAUAUUAUAUGUAAUAAAAUUCAUACGUAUAUAGAAAAAAACACGAAAAUAUAAAGAAACUUGAAUUUAUACUAAUAUAUUAAGCAAGUAACAUUUUUUUGAAGUUAACUAGAAAGGUUUCCCGCGGGACAUAAAGUCAACGUUAAUCAUCCAAGGGCAAAUUGCACUGGU